GGAAACGGAAAAAUUAGAGCAGACGAAAAAUAUUACAAAAGAAACCAAAUGGCCCAAUUUCACAAGAAAUGUGGUAGUUUGGUUAAAUUAACAGAUGACAGACGAACAGCAAUUCGUGAGAGAUCAGCACAUGAAUUUAAUAACGGGAUUGUUUUAAGCGCAGACCCAUUGAAAGAUGAUGCAGUGUUUGAAGUGAAAAUCGAAAAAAUGAUUACCUCCUGGAGUGGUUCCAUAGAAAUUGGUGUCAUUUCAUCAAAUGUAAACAAUUUGGAGAUUCCAGCCAGCGCAACUGGUUUUACACAAAAUUCUUGGAUUUUAUCAGGAAAGUCACUAUUAAAAAAUGGUCAAACUUUUAGACAUGAAUACGGAACAGACUUAGAUUCUUUGAUGAAAGGAGAUAGAAUAGGAGUGAUGCGUAGUGCUCAAGGAGCUUUGUAUUUUUAUAUAAACGGAGAAUGUUUAGGAGAAGCUAUCAAUUACGUACCGCCUUUUCUUUAUGGUGUAGUUGAUAUUUAUGGAAAAUGUGUAAAAGUUUCAAUCGUCGACGGAUUUUCUCAAUCAAUAGAGCUUCUAUCUAGCCAAUUGACAAAUGAGGCACUCUGUCGAGCCGCUCAAGAUGAUUCAAAUGAAAAAUUAACUUUUCACCAACGAUGUGGUAGUCUAAUACAAUAUACAAAUGGAAAAUUAACUGCUGAGAGGCGGAGAGCGAACGACGAAUUCAAUAAUGGUGUAGUUAUGACUAAUAGACCUUUGAAAGACAACGAAUUGUUUGAGAUCCGUAUUGAUAAAUUGGUCAGCAAGUGGUCAGGUUCUAUUGAGGUGGGUAUCACUACUCAUGAUCCGUCCCGCCUUGAAUUUCCUGCAACAAUGACAAACAUGAGAUCUGGCACAAUAAUGAUGAGUGGCUGCGGCAUUUUGGUUAAUGGUAAAGGGACUCGUCGAGAAUAUGGCGAUCACAAUUUGGAUGAUCUCAAAGUUGGCGAUAGAAUUGGUCUUCGUCGAAAACCUUCUGGUGUUCUUCAUUACUAUAUAAAUGGUAUAGAUCAGGGGGAAGCGACCUCUAAUAUUGCUCCCACUAAGGUUUGGGGAGUAGUCGAUUUGUACGGAAUGACUGUUAAAGUAACAAUAGUUUCGGAGGAUUCGUUUGAAAUUCCACCAAGGACAAGGUCCGUGCGAACGUUUAUUUCACAUCCUAUACCAACUCGAAAACCAGAGUUGAGACGACAGAUAAGAGGAGAUACAAUCGAAAGAUCUGCAAGAUUAAACAAUUAUAAUUCAAUAAUUCGAGAUAGUGACUUUGGAUAUUCCCCACCUUCGAAUGACCUUUUAGACAAUCGCCAAACCGAGUCAACAAACAAUGAGAAUACGAAUCAACAACAUAUACCUUUGCAAUUUCACGAAGUCCACAGCUCUGGAGCUGAACUAGGUAUUGACAAACGAAUCGCCUGGCGAACGGAUUCCUACAAUAAGGAGGCUGGCGCAAUAUUAUUUACUAAUCGCCAACUUCAGACCGAUGAACUAUUUGAAAUAAAAAUAGAAAAUAUUCAAGAGAAAUGGACAGAUUGCUUACAAAUUGGCGUAACAACAACAAAUUUUGAUUCUGGUCAAUUUGUAGAAAAUCUUCUAGAUAUUACAGAAGAAUCUUGGAUGUUGACGUCUGCCGGUUUUCAUAUAAACGGAGAGAUGGUCUGGGAAAAUUCCGAGUUUAUUUCCAACCUACAAAUUGGCGAUACAAUAGGUUUGCUUAGAAAAGAGAAUGGUGAUUUAUCUAUCAGUAUUUGUUCUGUAAAUUGUGGUAAAUUUGCAUCAAACGUUCCCGAAAAUAUUUACGGAAUUGUUAAUGUCAAAGGACAAACAGCCAGACUGCGAAUGCUAUCAGAAUCAGACAAUAAUGAACAAUUGAAAUUUCACCAUUUGCAUGGCAAAAAUGCACGCGUCAAACAGAAUGGAAAGACAGCUUUCCGACCGAACUCUCUUGGUGAAUUUAAUAACGCAGUUGUAAUAAGUAAUAGAACUUUAAGAGACAAUGAGAUUUUUGAAGUAAUUGUGGAAAAUAUGAUGCCAAGAUGGUCUGGAUCAAUUGAAAUAGGGAUAACAAAAAUUCCACCAGAGAAUAUAGAUUUUCCGUCUACUAUGACAGAAAUCAAUCAUGAUACGUGGAUUCUCAGUGGUUCAAAUAUAGUAAAGGACGGAUCUACAGAGAGGAACGCUUAUCCUUUAGAUCUUGAUAAUAUCGUACUCAAAGAUCGGGUUGGAGUAUCUCGAACGUCGUCAGGUGAACUCCAUUUCUAUUUGAAUGGACAGGAUAUGGGUGCAGCUUUUAAAGAUGUUCCGCCAAACGUCUAUGCUGUGAUAGAUUUAUAUGGCCAAUGCUCUCAAGUGACUAUGACAAACGAAGAUGAAAUCAUUGAAACUAAUACAGAUAUAGGAAGCCGUUUGGAGAAACAAAAGAUGAAACUAGCUUGGCCUAUUGAAAAAGAAAAUUCAAGAGUGGAGUGUUUCAACGCUAAAUGCGGUAAUAAUAUCGCUAUGAAGAAUAAUGGUUCAACUGCUUGCAGGGUACGAGGUUUCAAUAAUGGUUUAGUUUUCAGCAAUUCCCAUCUGAAACCAAAUAGAUUGUUUGAAAUAGUAAUUGAAUCUUAUAAUUUUGACUAUUCCGGUUCAAUAUCUAUUGGUCUAACAACUGAUAAUUUGAAAAAGGAACUACCAGAUAAUAUAUUUGGUUUAAAAAGCGAUACUUGGUUCGUCAGCCAAUCCAAUGUGUACAAAAACAAUACAAUUAUUAAAGAAAAUUUCCUACCGUCCCUCUCAAAUCUCAACGACUGCUUAUUUACUAUUGGCAUUUAUCGAACUGAAUUUGGCCAAAUGAAAGUUAUUUUAAAUGGAUAUGAUAUGGGAGUUGUUGCCAUAGGUCUGCAUGAAGAUGUUUACGGAGUGCUCGAUUUAUAUGGGUCUUCCAUGGAAGCCUCUUUAGUGAAAACUCUUAAUAAUUCCGCUUUAUUACAAUCUCUACCAGAAUCUAUGCCUGAUGAAUUUAACGAACUCGAUAUUGAGUCAAGGGGUAAUGAUAUUGAAUUUCAUGAAAAUGUUGGAAAAAAUGCUGAACUGUUUGAAAAAGUGAUAGCAAAAAGAGUCAGGUCUUACAAUAAAGCUUGCGUUGGCUUUUCUGGACCUGUUGUAAAAGAACAAUUAUAUCAAAUCAGUAUUAACAAAGUGAGCAAAAAUUGGUCAUCAUCAUUAAGUAUUGGACUGACAACAUGUCCUCUUAAAAAAAUUACCUGGCCAGACGACGCCCUUAAAUUAAAGCAUAAUUGUUGGGUAAUUCAAGGAUCUUGUUUAUAUAAAAAUGGACUAAAAAUAAGAAAUAAGAUUGGGCUAAAUCUAGAUUUAUUAGAAAAAGGGCAGGUAAUAGGAAUAAAAAUUAAAGAAGAUAAUUGCCUAUAUUUUUACAUUGAUGGAAUUGAGAUCAGUAAUAUUAUUCAUAAUUUGCCUCCUAAUUUGUAUCUUUUCGUUGAUAUGUAUGGAAAGUGUGAAGAGAUUAGCUUAAUUAAAGGCAAGCCAAAUGAAACUAAGGAAAAAUUGGAUAAAAGCAACUGUAACAAAGCCAUGAAGAAGAUUUUUAAUUGUCAAUUUUAUCAAAAAUGCGUUUCGUUAAAGAAAUACUUAUGCCUACCACAAUCUUAUUUUCAUCAAGCCGACUCUUGCUUUUGUGAAAACUGCUAUAGGAAAGACGUCCUUUAUAAACUAUCUGGUGAACCGGCAAAAUCUUAUUCUCUACCAGUUGGAUGGUGUAGAUUUCCUUUAAAAAGUACAACUAACGCUGCAAGGUGGCAUGUUGCCUAUUAUGGCACAAAUUUGUCUCUUGUCAGGCGAAUUUUAGACGAAGGUGAUUUAUGUGGAGAAAUUGAAGAAUUAUGUUCCACUCUAAAUUUUAACGAAGAAAAAAAUAAACCAGAAACAGAUAAUAUCGAACGAUAUUUCCUAUCUCCGUCCAUUAAUUAUGCCACAAAUUUCCAGUUUUCCCCACAGAGCGAGUAUUACGAUGCAUCAAAUAAAACAAGGAGAAUUGUUCAAGUUGCUUUUGAAGUGAGGAUCCAACCUUCGUCCUAUAGUUCUGGUCCACCUUCUUACAGCUAUCCUAUUGAUUCUUACUUUGCCAAUAAUGAGAUAGAAUGGUCGACUAAAGAAAAAGGUGCUGUUAUACUAACAGCUUUACUCGUUAAAUGUAAAUGA